GUCUCUGUCUGUCUCUGUCUCUGUCUGCAUUAAAGCGUUUGAAAAGUAUAACAAAUGUAUUUUAUAUACAAGCUGUAUGAUAUUUCCUGCAAUACCUGCAACGGUUUGCAAAUUGUGAUCUGUAACUUGUCAAAUCAAUCAACGAGCAAUGACCAGCCUUGACAAUUUUUAAUCCAUGUAGCUUAUGCACCUACAGUUCUUCACAUUCUGAAUUUUGAGGAUUUCAGUCUUUCAGAGCCAGAGCAAGCGAAUAGGCAAAUCAGAACCAAUGGCUGCCGGCUUUUAUUUUCUUAUUUCCUGCUCUGCUUUUCUCUGUUUCUUCUCUGGAACCUCCAUCGCUGCUGACUUCAUUACUCGAUCUAAAUCUAUCAGUGAUGGGCAGAGCUUAGUUUCUCAAAAUGGAAUCUUCGUAUUGGGUUUCUUCAGUCCAGGAAAAUCCAACCGCUACGUGGGGAUCUGGUACAAGAAUAUCCCAACUCAAACAGUUGUUUGGGUUGCAAACAGAGACAACCCGCUUACAGAUUCCACAGGGGUUUUAAAGAUUGACGACGAGGGAAAUAUUGCCCUUGUCAAUAAAACAAAUAGCCUCUUCUGGUCGUCGAAUUCAUCAAAAGCAGUAGCAAAAACAGAGAGUCUAAUACUACGGCUCCUAGGGUCCGGAAAUCUUGUUCUGAGCGACGGGAAAGGCGGUAACCCAGAUCAAAACUUUUUGUGGCAGAGCUUCGAUUAUCCUUGUGAUACUUUACUACCUGGAAUGAAAAUGGGAUGGGACUUGAAGACGGGACUAAAUCGGCGUCUGUCAGCGUGGAAGAGUGAAGAUGAUCCUUCUCCUGGAGAGAUUACUCAUGGGAUGGAACUUUACGCAGACCCAGAAGCAGUCAUGUGGAUUAGAUCCAGAAAACGUUACAGAAGUGGACCAUGGAAUGGGCGAGGGUUUAGUGGAGCAUCUCAUAGUAUGAAAGAUAACGCGAUGUUUACUUACCACUUUACGUUCAACGAGGAGGAGGUAUCCUUCCUGUACCAACCCAUCAAUGGCAGUAUUCUUUCGAGAACCGUCCUAGAAAUGAGCCACGACAGCGGCCAGUUUGAACGCCUCUACUGGGAUGAUCGGCAACAGAAAUGGGAAUUUUACUUUAAGCUGCCAAAAGAGUUCUGUGACGAGUAUGGCGCCUGCGGUGCAUACAGUAAUUGCGACAUGAAUGCAUCGCCAUACUGCAAGUGUUUGAAGGGGUUCAAGCCUAAAUCUCCGGCUGCUUGGAACUCAAUGAUUUGGUCCGAUGGAUGCACACACCAGACAUCCUUGGAUUGCGGCAAGGGAAAGGGGGAGGGGUUCUUAAUAGUUAAAAGUGUGAAAUUGCCGGAUGCGGAACAUACUUGGUUGAACAAGAGCAUGAAUCUUGAGGAAUGCAAGGCAGAAUGCCUGAGAAACUGUUCAUGUACUGCUUAUGCAAAUUUUGACGUUACUGAAAGAGGCAGCGGAUGUGUUCUCUGGUUCGGUGAUUUGAUCGAUAUUAAACAGUUUCCAAGUAAUGGAGGUGGACAAGAGCUCUACAUUCGAGUGGCUGCUUCAGACUUAGAUGCUUCGAGGACGGAGAAACGUUUGAUACUGGUAGUCGCCAUCACAGUAACCUUAGCGGUGCUUCUCUUGGGUUGCUGUGGCUUCUGCAUCAUCUGGAGGAAGAAGAAGACCAAAUCCAAAGAAUUAGGUAAUAUUGCUGAAAGCAUUACAGACAGAAGUCUCUUGGAUGAAAGUCAUAUGGACAAUCUCGAGCUACCUUCCUUCGAUUUUGUUACUAUAGCAACGGCUACCCACAACUUCUCAGACAAAAGCAAACUUGGAGAGGGUGGCUUUGGCCCCGUUUACAUGGGUAAGUUCCCAGACGGACAACAAAUAGCUGUGAAGAGGCUCUCCAAAACUUCGUUACAAGGACCAGAAGAGUUCAAGAACGAGGUUAUUUUAAUUUCAAAGCUUCAACACAGGAAUCUUGUUAGGCUCCUUGGUUGUUGCAUUCAUGCUGAAGAAAGGAUGCUGAUUUAUGAGUACAUGGACAACCAAAGUUUAGACCAUUUUAUAUUUGAUCAGGCGAGAAGCAAAUUAUUGAAUUGGAAAUUGCGACUCCGCAUAAUUCUGGGAAUUGCUAGAGGACUCCUUUAUCUACAUCAGGAUUCCAGGCUACGAAUCAUUCAUAGAGAUCUAAAAACAAGCAACAUUCUGUUAGAUGGCAAAAUGGAGCCAAAGAUAUCAGACUUUGGCAUGGCAAGAAUUUUUGGAGGUGAUCAAAUAGAAGCAGAAACUAACAGAGUGGUGGGGACAUUUGGUUACAUGCCCCCCGAGUAUGCCAUAGAUGGAAUCUUCUCGGUGAAAUCGGAUGUGUAUAGCUUCGGCGUUAUAGUGUUGGAGAUAAUAAGUGGAAAAAGGAACAGGGGAUUUUGUCAUCCAGAAUUUCAACUAAACCUUCUUGGGCACACAUGGUCACUAUGGAAUGAAGGCAGAGCAAUGGAGUUGAUAGAUCCGUCAAUGAGGGAUUCAUGUUGUGGGGAUGAGGUAGAGGUACUAAGAUGCAUCCAUGUGGGUCUCUUGUGUGUUCAACAGAACACGGAGGAUAGGCCGACCAUGGCGUCUGUGGUUUUGAUGUUGAGCAGCGAGUGUGCAUUGGCCAAACCUCAGCAACCUGGGUUUUUUGCACAAAGGUAUCCUGUAAUGACAGACUCAUCUUCCAGUAAACAGGAAUCUUCUAUUGCAAAUGAUUUAAGUGCUACGGUAUUAGAAGGUCGAUAGACCCUUAGUGGUCACUAUUGUGGGACAACUCCGCGAGGACACACAAGGCAAAAUUGAGCUACAUGUACCUCAUGAAUUCGUCGUUUAGUUUUACUCUCAGAUUCGUUUAUUUAUAGGAAAACCAUACUUAUUCAUCUUGUGAGGGAAUUGUAGUAGCAUCACCUGAUCUAUCUUUUAGAGGUGAAAAAUAAAAGGUAUAUAUGAAAUACAAAAUCAAGGUUUGUUUGUUGCAUCA